ACAGCAAUGCAUUUCCUGAUUUUAGCAGUUAUCUGUUACUUACUGAAAACAAUGUGUAUGUCAAAUACUGUGGAUCUUUACAAUUUCAAAAGGUUUUCCUCUAUUAAUGAUAAGAUGGUAAUACAACCGACAAUAUUUCAUAUAUAUUGUAAUUCUCGGAUUCGAUGUCUCAGUAGAUGCGCUGUUUCACAGGGUUGUGUUUCAGCGUUUUAUUCAAAUGGUUCAAUUUGUGAAGGACAUUCCGAUGUGUAUGGAGGAAAUUCGCAUUUUCUAGUCUUCAAACCUGGGAUUGUUUACCACGUUUCGAAGGAUCAGGCAGAAAGUUUGUGUGAGACGAUUGGAUAUACAUGGAAUUCUGCACUAUACAUCUGUUACAAGCUUCACACAGACCCCAAAUUGGGAAGCGAUGCGAAAGCUCAAUGCACCAACGAUCAUCCUGACAGCCGACUACUGCUGGUGGACUCUGAUGUCAUUUAUGACUUUCAUUUGAAAAUCAUGGAAACAUACCAAACCACGACAGUAUAUGUUCAAGGAACACGUUCCAACGGAUCCACCUUCGUUGAUGAUGAUGGACAGACAAUGACUUACUUUAAAUGGGAAGUCGGAGAACCACAUCCGGAUGGUAGCUACCUUCGAACUGAUGAAGUAACACUAAAACAGGAAACUUCAUCGGGAUGGUUUUCCUACCAGUACAUCUGUAGGCAUUACGGAAUCUCGCCCCUUGUGGUUUAGAUUUUACUAUACCACACUGUUAUAUUUGUCAAUCUGACUACUACAUUGUAAAGUUGACGUGUUAGAGAAGAAAAGCUCUGGUACCACCAUGGAUGCUCUCUCUCUCUCUCUCUCUCUCUCUCUCUCUCUCUCUCUCUCUCUCGCAGUGACACCGAAUGCGCCAGUAGGUCUCUCACAAAGAGGUGAAAUGUUUUUUUUUUUUUGUUUUUUUUUUUUUAGAAAUGAAACGUUGAAAUUGAAAUCCGUUCCUCUAGUAUGUUGAGACAUGUUGAAAAAAAAAAUGAGGAUGUAACACAUGUAUAAAACAUCUUACGAUGUUUUAUACAUGUACGUUUAACGUACAUGUACCUAUUUUCCAUCGAAUGUUUUUAAUUAAAACAUAUGAUAGACCUAUGUUCCUGUCAUUUUAGAGAGGGAAAAAGUAUGCAUACUUGAUUUUUCAGCUUUACCGCGCCACGACAUCGGACAGGUCUAUUUCCCGUAACUUUCCGACAAUAACUGAUAGGUACAGGAUACGAGAUGAUUUUAAUGCUUUUGGUCAAAUAUACCGCUAAUCUAUUUCUAAGGAGACAUGCAUACAAUGAAUUAUUACUCUCGUUUUAUUAAUGAGCUUUAAUACUAUAAUUCAUGUAAAAAUGACCGUUUAUGUGGUUUUCAAAAAUGAAAAAAGUAUAAAAUAUCAUUCAAUAAAUCUUUAUUAGAGUUUUAAAUACGUUAUACAAGAUACAAAAUGUGUAGAAAAAUAUUUUAAAAAUGCAUUUGUAUAAAAAUUAAUUCGAUAUUGAUAAAUCUCAUCAUUGAAAGAAAGCGAAGAAGGUAAUCAUUUGAAGCACAAAAAUAUUCGCCAUCGGUAGAUUCAUUUCGUAUGUGGCUUUCAUAAGUUUCUAUUCAAAGUUUCAUAUGCUUAGAUGUGCAUGAUCAUCUGCAUUUAACAUGCUUUGAAAAUACAGUAAAUGCCAUUUGGUUUAUAAAAAGAAUUAAAAGGCGAAGAUGACGAACAGUGAUCAAUCUCAUAAAUUCUAUAAGGAAUACAAAAUAAGAGUUGGGCAAACACAGACCUCUGUGCGUAUAUACCAGAGGUGGAAUCAGGUAUCUAGGAGAAAUAUGCAUUCCCUGUCGACCGGUCACACCCGCCGUGAGCCCCA